CAGUAUCAUCCAGCUUCCCACGAGGCUCGUAGGUUUUAGGGUUUGCACUCCGCAGAGAAAUCGAGCCAAGCCCAGCUAAUAACCAGUUUUGCAUCCGUCUGUUCUUGCUUCAUUUGAGAUCGAUUCUGCAACAAUGGCGACUCAGAUGAGUAAAAAGCGAAAGUUCGUUGCUGAUGGAGUUUUCUUCGCGGAGCUCAACGAGGUUCUUACCAGAGAGCUUGCCGAGGACGGCUACUCGGGUGUUGAGGUUAGGGUUACGCCUAUGCGCACAGAGAUCAUCAUCAGGGCUACUCGUACCCAGAACGUUCUCGGCGAGAAGGGCAGAAGAAUCAGGGAACUCACAUCGGUUGUUCAGAAACGAUUCAAGUUCCCUGAGAACAGUGUGGAACUUUAUGCUGAAAAAGUUAAUAACAGAGGGCUCUGUGCCAUUGCUCAGGCCGAGUCUCUCCGCUACAAGCUUCUGGGGGGUCUUGCUGUUAGAAGGGCCUGCUAUGGUGUCCUGAGAUUUAUAAUGGAAAGUGGAGCGAAGGGCUGUGAGGUGAUUGUUAGUGGGAAGCUUAGAGCUCAGCGUGCCAAGUCCAUGAAGUUUAAGGAUGGAUACAUGAUAUCCUCUGGUCAGCCUGUCAAUGAAUAUAUUGAUUCAGCUGUGAGGCAUGUUCUUCUCAGACAGGGUGUUUUGGGCAUCAAGGUGAAGAUAAUGCUGGACUGGGAUCCCAAGGGCAAGCAGGGGCCCACAACACCAUUGCCUGAUCUGGUCACCAUCCACCCACCAAAGGAAGAAGAGGAAUAUGGGAGGCCGGCAAUGCUUGCUCCCGAGAUGGAAAUUGCUGUGGCUUGAGAUGGGGCUGUAGCUGUUGGUCCAAACAAGUCUUGCGGUGUAAUUUCUUUGUCAGAGUAGUACAUAAAGGAUUUUGGCUUUAUCUUUUGAUUAUUUUAAUGGAAGCUGAUAUUUUGUUA